AUGGCUCUGUACCACCAAACCGUGGAUUUCCUCUCCGACUCCUGGGCCAACCGGCAAACACAACUACCCCUACUCGCAGUCACCGGGGCAUCGUUCACACUAGGCCUGCUUUUAAGGUCGUUUUUAAAUCGCGAGCCCGAAAAGCCACUCAACUCCGUCCUUCCCUCCCCGCGAACAAAAAUCUUGACUAGUCUGUCUGAGGAAGAGAACAGACAACUCCCUCUCCCCAAUGACGUCCUUCCCGGAGCGCGCGACGUGGAUAGUCCCUAUGGUUCGAUUCGAGUUUAUGAAUGGGGUCGCGAGGAGGGCCCGAAGGUCUUAAUGGUGCAUGGAAUUACUACACCUUGUAUCGCGCUCGGUGGGUUGGCCCAUGCGCUGGUUGAUCGCGGUUGUCGUGUGAUACUUUUUGACCUGUUUGGCCGAGGAUUCUCUGACACCCCAUCUGAUCUGCCUCAAGACAUGCGGCUCUACACUACACAAAUAAUGCUUGCUUUGACAUCAUCCCCUGUCUCAUGGACUGGCGCCGACUCCGGUAAAUUCUCUCUUGUCGGUUACUCUCUUGGCGGUGGAAUCGCUGCUGCAUUUGCCUCAUAUUUCCCAAACCUUCUCUCGUCCCUAGUUCUCCUCGCUCCGGCUGGCUUGCUGCACGAAUCCCACGUCAGUUUCCAGGCCCGUCUCUUAUACGCUACAAACUUGAUCCCGGACAACGUUCUCGAGUAUUUUGUCGGAAAACGGCUACGGGCUGGACCUCUUAUUGCCGCAAAGCCUAAGCCCAAGAACGAAAAGCUCCACAUGAGAGAUGCGCUCACUGAGGAGAUCCCAACCGAAGUUACUGCAGAUGCCGAGGUGUUAUCUCGGGAGUAUCCACAUCUUAAUGUCCCAUCUGCAAUUGUGUGGCAGGUGGAUAACCACUCGGGCUUCGUUCAUGCAUUCAUGUCGACCAUGCGAUAUGGCCCAAUAUUCCGCAGAACUCAAUGGAAGAACUGGGCGCGUCUUGGGGAAUACCUGAGUACACAGAACAGUGAACCUUCAGAUGGCCUUAAAAGACAGGGCUUAUUGAGCCACAAGGUUCAUAUCCUGUGUGGAAAUAGUGACGCAGUCAUCAUGAAAGACGACCUUGUCACAGAUGCGACGGCCGCUCUUGGUGGGAACGCGGUGUUCAAGUUCUAUGAUGCUGGACAUGAAUUUCCCAGCACCAAAUAUGAAGAGGUUGCCUCGUACAUCUCGAAGCUUCUUUGA